AUGAAAGACUUAGUGCAAAUUUGGAAUAGUGUUACGAACAGGAGGUAUUCAUCAGUGAAUACGAGUGAAUUGAAAGAUUUGUCCAAUAAUCGAUUAAAAAAAUCUGAAAUCGAUACAUAUGAGUCUAAUUUAGCUGAGUGUGAAGUAUUGAACUGUAAAUUUAACGAUGAUUUGGAGUUUAACAACCGCAAAGAUGCAAUCAUCAACCGUUUGUUCGAGAGAAGGAAAAAGGGACAGAUUGGGAGACAGCCAAAAUGUCUCUUUAUGCUGUUGAUGCUUGGGUUCUUCGCUCUAGCAUCUGGUUGCUUCAUUCUCUUCUUGAAACCAUACGAUUACUUCUUCUCAAUGAAAUCAGUUUUAUCAGACGGUGGAGAAAUAUUUGAAAUGUGGCGAAAGCCUGAAGUGGAACUCUACCUCAAGGUCUACCUGUUCAACGUCACAAAUGCUGAGGAAUACAUGGCGGGUAUUGACGACAAAGUGAAAGUGAAGGAAGUUGGACCCUUUGUAUAUAGGGAGCAUUUGGAACACGAAGUGCAGAGGUUUAACGAGAAUGGAACCGUAUCUGUGAUUCCACGUCAUCCCCUGAGCUGGGUGGAGGAGCUCUCAGAAGGGAAUAAAGAAGAUGAUACGUUGUUCUUAGUCAACAUUGCUUUGCUGAGCAUCGCCAAUGUGGCUUCGAAAAAGAACCCCUUCACUCGCUUUGGGUUGAACAACGUGAUCACCUUCACGAACUCGAAGCCAUUUGUCAAGAUGACAGCUAGAGAAUUUAUGAUGGGAUAUAAGUCCGAGCUUAUGACCCUGGGGAACACCUUCUUACCUGGAUGGAUCUACUUCGACAAACUGGGGCUCAUUGACCGGAUGUAUGACUUCGUUGGCGACUAUGAGACAGUAUUCACUGGUACUGAUGACGUUCGCAAAUCAGGACUCAUUGACACCUACAGAGGAUCGACAGACUUACCGCAAUGGCAUGGCAAGCACUGCUCGAAUGUCCAGUACGCGUCUGAUGGAACAAAGUUCGUUGGCGGAGCAUCAAAGAAUGAAAGCAUUCUGUUUUACAGGAAAAGUUUAUGCCGAGCUGCUCCUUUAAUUCCAGUCGAUGAAGGCGUGAGGAGGGGUCUCCAUGGAUACAAAUAUACAUUUCCUGAACACAUGAUGGACAAUGGAAAAUACAUCAAAGAAAACAAGUGCUUCUGCAGAGAAGGUGUAUGCCUCCCUGAUGGUCUGAUUGACGUCACCGACUGCUACUAUGGUUUCCCGAUUGCAUUGUCAUACCCUCACUUUUGGAAGACGGAUAAAGUGGUGCUCGACAAGGUCGAGGGUUUGACGCCGAGCCAAGAGAAGCAUGAGACUGCGUUUUGGAUCGAACCACAAUCAGGCCUGCCGUUGGAGGUGAGCUCCAAGUUCCAGAUCAACAUGGCGCUGGGUGAUAUCUCUAUGAUAAGAAAUGUUGAAAGGUUCUCUAACAUGUUCCUGCCCCUCCUUUGGUUUGAUAUCAAAAUGUACCAACUGCCCCAAUCACUGCAACAACGCUUCAGUCUCUACCUCAACAUUCUUCCAGUCGUCGAACAAACCGCAAUGUACGCCCUCUUCGUAACUGGUGCUGUCUUCAUCUUAACAACAGUCUACAUGUUAACCUUUAAAGUCAUGUUCAGAAAACCUAGAGACUUCGAAAAUUGGAAAGAGAAAGAUGGAGUUUACGCCCCUUGUGAAGUACCUUUGACUGACACGGACACCGAUGUUGAAAACAAUAAAUCUCUUCUCAAGUUCCACAGCGAGAAGAUAAAAGACUUCAGUGCAAGGCUUAGUGACAAAGUGUACGAUACAGUGGGUGGCGUAAAGGAUAAAAUGGUUGGAGAACUAAACAACGUUAAACAUGUAUUUGAUAAAAAAGAUAACAAAAAUAAUGACCAAAGUUACGCCGAAGUCAAACAGAGUGAUAGCGAAGACGAUUGCAAAUACCUUGAAAUUUUAGACGACGGUUCAGAUUUGGUAUUCAAUCAGAAAUACGAGACGAGAAGAACGGAGAAAUUAAAAGAUUUGGAAUCACAGAACAGGAUGGACUCAUAG